AUGCACGGGCAAAUGCAACGAUGGCUGGCCACAUCAGCGGGCAGCGGAGGGGCGCCGGUGUACGGGCAUGUGACCGAGGGGGCGGAGGGCGACACGGUGCUGUACAUGCGCGACACCGGCAGCGGUCGCGAGUACUGGCUCAUCGGCACUGCCCACAUCUCCAAACGCAGUGCCGACCAGGUGGAGUUGUGUGAGGGACGAGCGCGACGGAUGCAGGAAGAGGAUGGCCAAGAUCCCUUCAAGCAGCUCUCUGCCCAGGUCUCUCGCAUCUUUGCUGGACCUUUCGCCGGCUUCGGCGCCCCAUUCCUCGAGGCCAGCUUGCGGUCGUUUUACAAUGUGUUCAAGUUGCUCGGGUUCGUGCCGGGCUUGGAGUUCAAGGUGGCCAUGAACGAGGCCAAGAAGUUGAAGAUCCCCGUGGUCUACGGCGAUCAGGAGUCCAGCAAAACAUUUCAACGGUUGUCGAGCGUAUUCUCGUUGGACAGGCUGAUGCGGAUCAACAGCGACGCGGCCCACAAUCAACAGAUGCAGAGCCUCUUCCAGCAAAUACAAGCCAACUCCAUUGAGGAAAUGGUGGAGAAGCUGAAGAACAGGAAGCUGGUCCGCCGGUUCGUGCAGGUGAUGAAACAGGCCUACCCCGAGGUGGUGAACGUGAUGUUGACAGAGCGGGACGUGGUCAUGGCCGCCAACCUGCGGCGGUGCCCCGGCAAGGUUGUCGUCGGCGUUGUGGGCCUCGCCCACCUCGACGGCAUCGAGAAGCACUUCAAGCCCAUCAUGGCCUUGCCUCAGUUGUGA